AUGGAUUUAUAUGAUAAGAUAGAAAAUAAGGUAAAUAUUAAUGAAAAAGAAAUUAUUAGCAUAGAAAAAGGGAAAAUACCUUUUAUUAAUAAAAAUGAUUCAUUAAAUAAAAAAUUGGAAGAUAUACAAAAAUUUCCAGAAGAAGAACAUUUUAAUGAUGAUAAAUUUAAAAGUAAUAAAACGUUUUAUAAAAAUAUAAAACCAAAUUUAGAAGAUCAAAAGUUUUAUCAAAACUGUUAUUUAGAUGAGAAUAAUGAAAAAAAGGAUUUAUCUAAUGCUAUUAGGAAGGAAAAUAAUGAUGUUGAAAAAAGUAAUAGCUUUUCUGAUGUAAUGGUAAAAAGUAUUAUAUUUGAUGAUCAGAUAAGCUUAAAUUUCUCAGAUGAGUUAAAAAAUAAUAAUUCACCUGAUGAUACUAUAGAAGAAAAAAAUAAAAUUUCAUUUAAUAAUUUAUAUAAUAGAAACACCUUAUCCCAAAACAAAUUAAUUGAAAAUUAUCUUAAACAAUAUUUCGUAAAUAAUGAUAAUAAGGAAAAUAUGAAAUUAGAAGGUAUAGUUCCAAGAAAUGUUUAUGAAUACAACAACAAUAUUAUGUAUCAUGAAUUGUAUGUUGAGUUAUUGCAUGUAAAUAAGAAUCUACAAAAUGAAAUUAAAACAUUAAAAAAAAUAAUUGAAAUGCAAAAAAUUUUGAUUGAAAGCAAAGAAAUAAUUGAUGAUAAGAUAGAUGAAAAAAAAAAAAUUAGUAAUAAAAAAUUUGUUAAUAAUAAUUAUUUUUUAAACUUUUUUAAUAAAAAGAAAAAGAAAAAGAAAGAUUUUCCUACAAAUAAAGAACAGUCUGAAAAAUGUUUUAACAAAAAUUCAUAUUCAAAAUGUGAAAAAAUAUAUGAUAUUGAAGUUGAUUAUAAAACAUAUUUUGAAAAAAUAGAUGAAAAAAUAGGAAGUAAAAAAGACAAAUAUAUAAAAUUACCAUUAGAUGAAAAUAAAUAUUCAGAACACUUUAAUCAGAAUUGUCCCCCUAGUAGCAGUAGCUUCUUUACAAAUAAAAAUAAGGAAUUUGAUAAUAAUAAAAGAGAAAAUAUUUUUAGUGAAAUGGAACAAGAUUUGAAAUACGAAAGUGCAAAUAAGAAAGAAGAAAAAAAUAAUAACAGUAGUAAAAAUGAAGAAAUUAGUAAUCUUAUUUAUUGGUAUGAAGAAAUAUUACCAAUGAUAAAAAAUGACAAAAAUAAAAAAUUAUUAAUUAGUUGUAUGAUUAAUAAUUAUAUGCCAAAAAAAAUAAAAGAGUAUUUUUGGGAAUUGAGUAUUAAUAAUAAACUAAAUUUGACAAAAUAUUUUGUUCAAGUAUUAAUUAAAAAUACUGUUUUUAUGCAAUCCUAUGUAUAUUCUAAUAAUAAGCAAUAUCACAACCAUGUUAUAAGAUAUUUCAAAUCAUUAAAAAUCUCACGAGAUAAAUUUUUAAAUUUAAAUACUGCAGAAACAGAACUAAAACAUAAUUAUAAUAUAGAAAAAAACACAAAUGUGUAUAUGGGUUAUCAAAAUAAUUCAUUAAUUUAUGAAAAUGAUAAUAAUAAUAAUAAUGAAAAGGAGGAUGGAACUAACGAACAUACUAAUAAUGAGACAAAUAAUACAGGAAAUAAUAAUACUGAAAUAAAUUCUUAUGAAAAUCAUUUAAAUGUGAAUAACAAUAACGAAGAAAAAAAUAUUAGUAAAAAUAAUGAAAAUAAUAAUAAAAAUAACAAUGAAGAUACAUCUAAUUCUAAUAUGAGACUAUUCCAAAAUCUCUCUAUUGAAAAGUUUUUUUAUCAAAUAUUAAUUGAUUUGGAUAGAACAAUUUAUAUAUUAAAAAAAAAUCAGGAAUAUUUUAAAAAAUAUAACAUUACUAUAGAUAAUUUUAUACUUACUAUUAACUUAUCUGAUAUGAAAAAAAAAUUAAAUACAUUAUUACAGAUGUAUGUACUUUUUAAACCAGAACUAGGUUAUGUGCAGGGAAUGUCUUACAUUGCACUGAUCUUUUUGUUAUAUUGUGAUUUAGAAACAGCUUUUGUUCAUUUUGCUAAUUUCAUGGACAAAAAAGAUAUUUAUAAUUUUUAUAGUUUCAAUAAAGAGGAAAUAAAAGCUUAUAUUUAUACUAUAAAGGAAAUUUUACUAAAAAGAAAUAUAGAAAUUUAUAAAGAAAUUAUUAAACAUUAUAAUAUAGAUAAUAUUUUUAUUCAAUGGAUUUUCACUGUUUUUUUUAUAUGCCUACCUUUUCACAUAUUUAUACGUUUAUUUGAUAUAUAUACAUUUUAUGACGAAAUAAUAUAUGAGAUAAUUAUAUGCAUAUUUACUUACCUUGAUAAAUUUUAUCAUUUUGAUAAUAUUGAUAUCGUUGUAAAAAAUCUGUCUACUUUUUCUUUUAAUAUAAAUAUUCAGGAAGAUAAAUUUUGGGAUUUGUUAAAAAUAACAAAAAUUAAGAAGAGCAAAAUUAUACAUUAUAGAAAAAAAUACUUUGAUAAAAUUAACAAUUGUGUAAAUGAAAAAGAUUCCACAUAA